UGAGCAGAUUUGCAUAGAGAAGGAAGUAAUCACACAAUUGUUUAUUAAAACGAAAUCAAAAACUUUAUUUCGUAUGUAGUUUGAACACAUUGAAAACUUGAACAAUGAUAUGAAGAUACACUAUGAAGUUUUUAUUUGUGAAGUUCGUAUUGGUGUUAUUUUCGUCAACACUUAUUGGGUACACGACAUCGCCGACAUUGACUCUGGAUGUACCUGAUGUCUUCGUCAACAGCAAUAUAACGUUUACCUGCUCAACGUCAACCCCGCCUGUUUCUGUUACCUGGUUCAAAACAGAGAAAGGAUCAGUAGUAGAGGAAAGGGUCAUUGCUCAAAAAUGGCUAAACGAAACACAACCAUGUCUUACUAACACCAAUACUAUGAAGUGUUACUGCUCUUCAUCACUUGUCUACUCGUGUUCUAUAAAUUCGGUGAAGGCAACACAUGACGGUCAAAGCUGGCGCUGUAAGGCUUUUGAUGGAAAUAUGCAAAUUGAAAGCAACGUCUUCACGCUCAGAUUAAUAUUACCUAUUACUUCAUUGACCAUUCUACCGGAGACGUCCAUUGCGUUCCCUGUGUUUAAUGCCGUGUCGAACUUCACAUGCAUCACGUCAUUGAGCCGGCCUUUGGCUAGUAUUCAAUGGUUCAAUGACAACAUAAACUUGACGUCCCUUGCUAUAUAUUCGCACAAUGAUAGCGUGGCAAGAAGUGAAUUGCGAUAUAUACCAAACGCAAACGGGUACAGUGGUGGAAAUAUAUCCUGCGUUGCAAAUUAUGAGUUCAAAUCCAUAAGUAAAGUUCUAACAGCUAAAAUGAUUAUUCAAGUACAGUUCCCCGUUUCUAAGCCAAUAGUGACUAUUAAUUAUGUAAGUAUAUCAACAGAUUUCGCAAUUAAAGAGGGCAGAAUGGUUACUUUGAAUUGUUCCUCCUACGGAUAUCCACAACCUUCUUAUAACUGGACUUACCCGGGUGGACGGUCGACCGGUACUCUUUUGAAUUAUGCAUUCACUCGAAAUAAAGGAAGCGUGUCAUGCAAGGCAUAUAAUGUAAUGCGCACAUUGGAUGGCUCAAAUAGCGCACAUGCUACAGAGAAGAAUAGCGAAAUUAAAAUAAAUGUAUUAUACCCUCCAGUCAUUACGAAGUUAUCAAGCAAUGACAAGAACUUAGAAAUAAUUGAUAGCACAAUAAGAGUACAGAGAGGUGAUAACAUCAACAUUGUCUGUACUUGUGACGCCAAUCCCCCGGCUACGGUAUUCUGGCGUGACCAACUGAGUGUUUCACCUAUAUUGACCGUCACAAGUGUACAGCAUGACGCUGUAUGGACUUGCCAAGCUACAAACUCUAUGACUGAAUUUGAUGGAGAAACAUCAACGUCUACUGUUACCAGAAACGUUUCCGCGAGAGUAUUAUAUGGUCCUGAUGUUCCUACAAUCACGUUUACAAUUCUACCAAACUCAACUUCACUUAAAUGCGGUAAAUGAAACAAUACAAGUAAUAGAAGGAAGUACAAUCAUAUGUAUGUGCUCCGUUGAUAGUGUUCCGAAAUCGACAUACUCCUGGGAUGCCGGAUACGAAGGGAAUAUUCUAACGAUAGUUAAUAUAACGCGAACAACGAACAUAAGAUGCAAUUGCACGGCAAAGAAUGUUAUGGAUACAUUAUUCAAAGGCAUAAUUAUUGGCAGUAACUAUUCCUUCGCUAAUCUUGAUAUACUCUAUGGCCCUGAGAUAAUAGCAUUGAGGUACAACAACGUCACACCAAUAGAGAAUGUUUUUAAAGUCAUUGAAGGAUGGUCGUUCACAAUAUUAUGUUCGGCCAGAAGUAAUCCAGCUUCUCGAUAUUCUUGGUUUGGUCCUGUAACUGGAGAAGGGGUGGUUCUGAGCAUACAAAAUGUGACAAGUGACAUGUACACAAAUGUAACUUGUAAAGCGGAAAACACCAUGGUAGAUAGUAUGGGGAAGUAUGUUUCCGGGAAUGCACGUGUAACGGUUUUAAUGGAAGUUCUAUAUUCGCCUGAUGUACGUUUACAGAACCAAACCGUGCUACUAAACACUUCUCUCACAGUUGUGUGCAAUUUGACUGAUGUUGGUAAUCCACCAGCCUCAAACUUUUUAUGGAUAAGGAA